AAAAUCAAUCAAUAUGUCUAUAAUUUGAAUUUAUUCCAUAUUAUGAAACUUUUGUUUCUUACAACUUUAAACCGUAAAUGAAAGAAACUUAUAAAUACACAUAUAGUCGAAGAGCUGCUGAAAACACAAUUAUUUUCAUAAUAGGUUAAAUUAACCUCUUACUAAAAUCCUUUGUUCAAGGAUACAUGGACAGGGAAGAACAGCAAGCAAAUUUUAAACAAAAAUAGAAAUCAGCAGAUGCUCAAAACCUGCAAAGUCCUCGAAACUCAACAGAUUAGGUAACACUUAUAGUGAUGCUGUUUCUUUUUCCACAAAUGCUGCAUCAUCUGCUGUAUGUUUCCAGUAUUGUCUGUUUUUGUUUCUAGAAAAUGCUACAAGAUGAAUUUCUGUGACUGUGGUGAACUACAUAUACCUGUCUGGACACGCCCCCCUGCUGACUGCUCCUGUGGCUCCUCCCACUGACCCCUGUAUAAAGGCGAUCAAUGCCUGAGCCCAGCCUCUCAGUCUCCAGGAUGUAGUAUGGUGGUCACUCACUGCUUGUUCCUUCUUCCAGUCAAUAAAAGCCGAUAUCUCGCCAUAUGUCUCAGAGUUAUUGAUGGUGCAUCAGUGACAAAAAUAAACUAGUGGGUUCAGUAAUACUUGAACUGUUUCACUCCACACUUACAGUAAACAUUCCUGUGUGAUAUCUCCAUCCUCCUAACCACCCUCAUCCCAGGCUGUGAAAAAGCUAAAUAAAACAACAUUACAACAGUAGCAAUAAGGUGUCCCAAGAAGAAAACAAAAGAAGACAAUAGGUCAAGCCAGUUAAGAUGUAGUAUUAAUAAUCUCAUCAUUCAACCACUUAACUGAGUAGAAUUUCCCUGCAGUUAAGUGUAGGCUCUUGGAACUUCUACUGCACCAUUGGACUGUUUGUGGGGUUCAGCUGUCUAUUGAAUCUGUGCCAGAUCAUAUCUGAUGCAAGUACAGUGGUUCUAUUGAAAUCAAUAAGAGGAAGCUACUGCAAUGUGAGUAAGUAGACUUCCAACUUAAUUUAGUUUAAAUUUGUUUAUUUUAAACCUGUCUUAUUAUUCCAGAAGCAUUUUGAAUGUUUGUGAAAGCCAAGUGGGUGGGUGGUGGAGAAUAGGGAGUGGUGAUCUUGUAAUCAUGUUAUAAUAAAGUAGCUGAACUUCAUCCAUGUCCUUCUUUAUAUCUGUUUUAUACUUUAUUUAUCAUUCAAGACAAUACAGGCAUACAACUUGGAACCAGCCCUUUGGCCCAACUGGUCCAGGCUAAUCAAGAUGCCCAUCCAAGCUAGUCCCAUUUGCCUAUAUUUGGCCCAUAUCCCUCGAAACAUUCCUAUUUGGAUUUGGAGUACCUUGUGCUGCUGUGUAGAGCUUUUUGGCUAUCUAAGUGGUUCACGGCUGUUAUUAUCACAGCUGUGUACAUUCAGCCGCAGGUUGAGGCCUCAUCUCAAAUAAUAAUAAGCUUAGUGAAGAAGUCAUCACUCUGACAAAGUGGUGUCAAGAAAACAACCUCUCCCUCAAUGUCACAAAAACAAAGAAGAUGGUUGUUGAAUACGGGAGGAGUGGAGACAGGCUAACCUCUAUUGACAUCAAUGGAUCUGGGGUUGAGAGGGUGAUAACUUUAAGUUCCCUGGCAUUCACAUCACUGAGGAUCUCUCGUGGUCUGUACAUACUGGCUAUGUGGUGAAAAAGCAUAACAUCGCCUCUUUCACCUCGGACAGUUGAAGAAGUUUAGCAUGAGUUCCCAAAUCCUAAGACUUUCUACAGAGCCACAAUUGAGAGCAUCCUGACUGCAUCACUGCCUGGUAUGGGAACUAGACCAUGUAAUCAUUUAAUUGGUUAAGCACAAGAUAAUAAAUUAAGAAGAAAUGAGGAAGAGGUGUGGAGAGAUCUUAUGUGAAUUUUUUGCAUUUAUAUUUACCUCGAAGAUGGACGCAGAGUCUAUAGAAGUGAGGCAAAGAGGCAUCAACUUCUUGGACCCUAUACAGAUUUACAGAGGAGCAGAUGUUUGCUGCCUUGAGACAAAUCAGGGUGGUCAAAUCCCCAGGGCAUGUCAAGGUGUUCCCUCGGACUCGAUGGGAGGCAAAUGCAGAAAUUGCUGAGGUCCUAGCAGAGAUCUUUAAAUCAUCCGCAGCAGCAGGUGAGGUACCAGAGGAUCGGAGGACAGCCAACGUUGUUCUGCUGUAUUCAGAAGGGCUAUAAAAAUAAACCAGGAAAUUAUAGGGCACUCAGCCUGACUUCAGUUGUGGGAAAGAUAUUGGAAGGUGAUGCACCAUCAAUAACUCUCAGAGAUGGGAGGCGAACGAUAGGCUUUUAUUAGCAGCAAACAAGACCACUACAUCCUGGAGACUGAGGGAGGAGCAGUGCCUCCAAUCACCUUUAUACAGGGGUCUGUGGGAGGAGCCACAGGAGCAGUCAGCAGAGGGGCGUGUCCAGACAGGUAUACAUAGUUUACCACAGAAGGUAUUCUAAUAGACCGGAUAUAUGAGUAUUUGGAUAGACGUGGACUGAGUAAGGAUACUCAGCAUGGCUUUGUGCAUGGUAGAUCAUGUCUGACCAGUCUUGUAGAGUUUUUUUGAGGAAGUUACCAGGAAAGUGGAUGAAGAAGGCAAGGCAGUGGAUGUUGUCUACAUGGACAAUUGACAAAGUACCACAUGGGAGGUUGGUCAAGAAGGUUCAGUUGCUCGACAUUUAAGAUGAGGUAAUAAAUUGCAUGAGAUAUUGGCUUUGUGGGAAAAGGCAGCAAGUGGUAGAUGAUGGAGGCCUGUGACUAGUGGAGUGCUGCAGGGAUCGGAGCUGGGUCCAUUGUUGUUUAUCAUCUAUAUCAAUGAUCUGGAUGGUAAUGUGGUUAACUGAAUCAGUGAGAAGGACUAUCAUGCUUGCAGUGGGAUCUGGACCAAUUGGAAUUGAAAAAUUCAUCACAGGUAAAUAGACUUGUGACACAUUGGCAUUCAUAAGUCAAAGUAUUGAGUACAGGAGAUGGGAUGCUUUGUUGAAGUUGUAAAAGACAUCAGUGAGGCCUAUUUGGGAGUAUUGUGUGAAAAAUGGAAGUUUAUAAGAGUGUUGCCUGUCUGGAGGGUCUGAGUGAUGAAGAAAGAUUAAUAGAUUAUUCCUUGGAAUUGGAGACUGAAAGGAGAUUUGAUAGAGGUAUCCAAAAUUAUGAGUGGUAUAGAUAAGAUAAAUGCAAACAGGCUUUUUCCACUGAGGUUAGGUGGAACUAUAAAGAUAAUAAGUUAAGAAUGAAAGAUGAAAAGCUUAAGGGGAAUAUGAGGGAAAACUUCUUCACUCAGAGAUUUGUGAGAGUUUGGAAUGAGCUGCCAGCACAAGUGGUGCAUGAGAGCUUAAUUUCAAUGUUUAGGAGAAGUUUGGAAUAGGUACAUGGAUGGUAUGGGUAUGGUGCAGUGCAGGUUGAUGGGAGUAGCUGAUUAAAUGGUUCAGCAUGGACUGAAUGGGCCAAAGGUCCUGUUCCUGUGCUGCACUUUUCUAUGAUCCUAUGAGGUAUAAAUCAGUGGUUUACAAUGUGGGCCAUAUGGCCUCUAGGGGUCUAUGCCAGAUAUCGUAGAGACCACAAGUAGAAACAAGAAACUGGGGGCCACACGAGUUUCUGAAUGGGCCAUGAUAAGUUUACUGUUUUAAUGAAAUAUUACUAAAAUGUAUAAAUAGAAAUGAAUAUUCGUAUUUUAAUUGGAACCCUGAAUGAAAUGAAUGGGAAAAUAUGCUAAAUGAAACAAAUGAGGCAACAAAGCAGCUUAGCCUACGCGUGUGGGGUGGGGUAGGGUGUAGCACAUCAAUUGUUAACUCUGCAUCUGCUUGGCCUUGCAGAAAUCAUCACCCACUGAGCCCCAUCCUGCUCCACAUCCAACCCCAAAUCACUGAUUAUAGAGUGAGCAGGCGGAUGAGAUUCUACAGGAUACCCUGCAACGUGCUCCAUCAGGAUGGGUGUGCCAGGAAUUUUGGUGAUCAGAAAAUUGCAAAGAUUAUAAUGGAAUGCAAGCAAGAGAGUUUCUGGUUCAGAGCUCUGCCACUAUCUCUUGGAAGUAUGCUUGUUGCCCAAGGUUUGGUGUACAAAGGAAUUCUUUCUCCUUCAAAACGGUUUGGGUCGAUUCCUAAGGUUGCCUUGGCUGGAGUGCUUGGAUUUGCAAUCGGAAAAAUUUCUUAUAUUGGAGCUUGUCGUAAGAAGUUUGAAGGUGUAGAUUUUCAGCAUUUUGGAAAUAAAUUGCCUCAAGGAUACAUGGGCUUCUUGUUUCGUAAGCCUUAUUAUGAGAGAGACUCCAUUCAAGAUAAUCAUGGACCUGGCCAACAUACAGAUGUUACCAAUAAAAAUGACCAGCCAACUACUGAAAGUGGCAAUCCCAGCUCAAAGCAUGCCUGAAAACAAAACAUGAUUUUGCAUCAUAAACCUACAGCUGAUUUUCUACAAGUUCAUUGCUCCAUCAUAUAUUUCUUAAUAUUCAAAAUGUCUAUCAAUGUUCUCCAUCAUAAUAGAAAAGGAUAAUAUGAUAUAGCAGUAAUUGUAAGUAAGUUUGGUGGUGCUGCAAGAGCAGUGUGAUGGCAUUUGUUAUCCCACGUUUGCAAUAAAAUAUA